AUGCCUUCGAAUCAGUAUAUUCUGUUGCAAAACGCUACUCUUCUUGUUCCAAAGGGUCCUGAAGAUGAUCAUGUCAUUCCACUCAAGAACCAUUCGUUGCUGAUCGAGGGCAACAAAAUUGCUCGUAUCGCGCCGCAAAUUGACCCCCCAUCCGAGUCAACGGAGGUCAUUGAUUGCUCGGCAAAGAUUAUCUCACCAGGAUUUGUUGACACUCACCACCAUGUUUGGCAGACUCAGCUCAAAGGACGGCACGCUGAUCAUUCGCUGUUGGAGUACAUGGUACCAGGAAAUAUGGCAUCACAUAGCUACAAACCCGAAGAUGUGUUCUGGGGCCAGCUCGGGGGGUGCCUUGAAGCCCUCGAGGCUGGGACGACUACAAUUGUAGAUCACGCCCAUAUCUCAUACACUCCCGAGCACAACAAUGCAGCUCUCUCAGCAACAAUAUCAUCUGGUAUCAGGUCUAUCUACUGUUACUGCCCUACCGGAAAGGUCAAGACUUGGAAGCCGUUCGAAAUGGAGGAAGAAUUACUUCCAGCCUGGCUAUUCCAGCAGUUAACUUCACUGUGUAAUACAGGCCCGUUCGCCAACGGUCGGGUGACAAUGGGCUUCGCGUUCGACUCCUUCUACCUUCCAAAAGAUGUAGUUGUCAACAUUUUCAACCAAGUUCGUGGCUUGGGCAUCAAGACUAUAACUUCUCACUAUGUUCCAAGCCUUCUCCCGGGCUCAACCGUAGACUUACUCGAGAGCUAUGGACUUCUGGAGAAGGACAUUCUUCUUUCUCACGCAAACCCAUUGAACGACUCGGACGCACAGAAACUACAAAGGGUCGGAGCAUCAAUCGCCUCGACUCCAGACACUGAGCUGCAGAUGGGUCAUGGCUGGCCUGUUUGCUUUCAGGAAAAUGCCAGGUCAAUUAGCUCGCUCGGCAUCGACUGCCAUAGCAACAACACAGGUAGUAUCGUCGCCCAGAUGAAGGUUGGUCUCCAGACUGAACGUGCUCGCCGCAAUGGCCGAAUCCACGAAGCAGGCAAGAUCCCUGCCAAAGUUCAGGUCUCUGCUCAAGAUGCAUUCCAGCUUGGCACAAUUGGCGGCGCAAGAGCUAUCAAGAUGAGCGAUCAAAUUGGAUCUCUGGAGGAGGACAAAAUUGCCGAUCUUGUCAUCUGGGAUACGUUGAGCCCUGCGAUGAUCUGUGCUGCUGAGGAAGAUCCGAUCGGUGCUAUCAUUUUGCACUCCGCUCCUUCUGACAUUGAUGCUGUCAUUGUUGAUGGCCAAUUCAGAAAGCGAAUUGGACAGCUUGUAACCACUAAGCUGGAGUUGGAACUAAUGCCCAAUAUGAAGCACGAGAAGUCCGAAGUGCAGUGGCGUGAUGUUGCAACCGAGCUUUUGAAGAGUCGUCAGCGCAUCUUGGAAACGGAGAAAGCUAGUGGAGCUGAUGAUCGAGAGGCAGGGUUCGAGAACAUAGUAAGAAUAUUCGGGACUGAUAAGGAUAAGCUGGUUUAUUAA